GUCCUUCCUACAAUCACUCUUAGGCCACGAAAUUUGAAAUGGGAGAAUUCCAACCCAUGUUUUGCCUUUAUAUAUCUUGUAGAUUUAACACUUAGAUAAAAAAGCCAGGCUUACGAAAGUCAAUGUCGUGAUGCACCAUCUGGGUUACAUAAAUUUGAGUAGUUGUAAAUAACACGAUGAUGAUCCAGUGAAGGAGUGGAGUAGAAUGAAUCAUCCUCAAAAUGGUUGAGUCUAGAAGCUCACGUACUUGAACAGAUUUUUUGGGCAGAGCAUAUGGCUGCUGUGGCGCCAGAGCAGUCCGCCACUUGUUAGACGCACACACAAACCAUGGUAUCCUGCUUCUCUGUAUUUAACUACUUAAUUAAUAUAUAAGUAGAGUUGGAGCGCGAUCAUAUUCAUAGAUAGUAUCCUGCUUUACCCUUCUUCUAUCAUCUCCUCUCAUGCAAAGCAAAGGGUAGUCGAGAGUGGGCUUGUGUUUCCACUAAUUACUCUUCUGCCUACUAAUCCUUACCUCGAUCAUCAAUCGUCAAAGGGUGUGGAGUUGUUGGGUGUUUUCUUUUUCCUCUUCGGUGGGUGGGUCUUUGGAGAAACCGUCCGUUGGACAUUUAUGACACCUGGCUGGGCGGGCUGCUCCCUUGUCAUCUCAUCAUCACUCUCUCUUUCGCUUUCUCUCUCCUCCAACAGCCAGAAUAGAAACCAAAACUACUAAUUUGCUUUCUUCCUAAUUGGAGUCAGCUUUCACAUGCAUUUCCAUUCCCCGGCCCUGCAUCUGUGCUCAUUUAUAAGCGUGCGAUUGAUGAUGAUGAUGAGUUGGUGGUGGGUGAAAGGAGCUGGUUACGUGGCGGCGGUGGCAGUCUCAGGCGGAAGCGUAGCACUGAUUUCUCGUCAACUCCACCACCGUCUCGUCAACGAUUUCAUGUCUCAGCUCCAAUUCCAUCUGCUCCCUUCCCCUUCCCCUCCCCCUCCCAGACCCAAACCCAAGACGGGCAAACGGGUGCGUUUUGCCGAUGACGUGGUGGCAAGAGAUGAGCUCAAGCAGAACGCUGCCGCCGCCGCUGGGGGCAGGUCGGCGGAAGCCUGGUCAACUGGCAAUGUCUCUGCAGCGGUCACGAUGAAACCAUUUUAAACUUCAACUUUUGGUAACUUUAUUUCCAGUUGUGGAGAGUAGUUGUUGUGCAGUUGUGGUAGACGAUUAACUACUGUGAUUCGAAAAUUAUAUUUAUAUUGUUUUCAUGUAAUUAAUCAAUUAAUUGCAAGGUUUAUUUUGUUUUUGCUUGUGCCUUGUGGUGUGGUGUGGUGUAGUAGAAUUUGUUUACCAAAACGGACCGAACAACUUUCCAUAUGUGGAAAGAUUUGAGUGGUAGCGCUACAAGAAGAGCUGGGCUUUUCUAUCUGUAGUGGAACGACGUCACUUUAACCGUGUGUGCUGCGUGUCAGCAUAUCCGGUGUCUCCCCGGCUACCAGUUUUUGAUGAGUUAUUCAAAGUUCUAACUGCCGGUGAAGGGGAAAAAAGAUAAAUAUAAAGAGUCCAA